GCACUGGGACCCUGCAGAGAGCUGAGCAGCAGCCUGCUGAGGAGGGGCCGGUGAUCCUGGAGCUGCAGAGGACGUGCGCAGGGAGCCUGGAGGAGAGGAGCUCCCUGACCCCUGAGCCAGGCCAAGUGCAGAAGGGGCAGGGCAGGCCUCCAAAGCAGGAGGAGAGCUCGGAGCUCCGGGAGGUGUUUGAGGACGUGGCGGUGUAUUUCACACGGAAGGAGUGGGAGCUGCUGGACGAUGAAGACAAGGUGCUUUACCAGGACCAGAUGGUGAAGAAUUACCAAGCCCUCGUUUCCCUGGGCUAUCGCGGUCCCACACCUGACUUAAUCUGCAGCAUCCAGCAAGGACGGGUGGAUCUUUGGACGUGUGCUGAUGAGGACUGUGGGGAAAUGUCAAGAUGGGAGGACCUGGUGCCAGGAGGUGCCUGGCUGCUGAGCAGAGCUGAGGAGCAGCCUCCUGUGGAAGAGUCUGCAGACAUGGAGCCAGCGCAGACUUCCCCAGGGAGUUUGGGUGAGAUGGACUCCCUGAGACCUGAGAAGGAGCGAUGCUACGAGAGUCAGGGGAGGCCCCAGAAGCAGAAGCAGAAGGAAAAGGACCGGUGCAUCUCCCGAGGGAGGAACACUCACCACUGCACUGAGUGCCGGAAGAAUUUCAUCUGCUUGCAAGACCUGUCCCAGCAUGAGUGUGUGCGGCAGCACCGCACGAAGUGUGGGAAGAGAUUCAGGCAGCUGUCCAACUUUGUGAGGCACUGGUGCCUGCAAACAAAGGAGAAGCCACAUCAGUGUUCAGAG